AUCACAUGGCGUGAAUCGAAUGGUAAGCCUGUGCGUUCAUUUUACAUAGCGUACCUAUAGCUCCCUGUAUGAUUUUAUUAGCCUAUUCUAGAUAUGUCUAGUUGCGCUUUCGAAAUAGGAACAAGCGCUGCGGUCAUAACUUUUGAUCAGUUUAAAUAGCCUAGUUGUCAUGGGAUAUAGGCCUAGCCUAUGUGACAUUGAUCCUAGCCUAUUGCAGAAAGGGUGGUGAUUGAGCCACAUAUGUUAUAUGUUAUUUAUAAUAUUUUAGGAUUUAUUUCCAGGUUAUUAUUUUGUAAUAACAAAAAAAAACCGACACGGGAUUCGUCUCUUCAGUUGGAACGGGAUGAGGACCGUGCGUUUUGCUGUUGGGGCUUUUAUCAGUCUGAUUUUCCAAGUGGGCAUGACACAACAGAGGACGAAUGGUGAAUAUUGCCAUAGUUGGAAGGACGCGCAAUCUAACUGGCGAGGGGGUUUCCAUUGUCCGGAGGGCCACGAUCAAAGAGAAGCGGCGAUCUGUUGUGGAACGUGUGAGCUGCGCUACUGUUGCGCACUCAUAGGAGCAAGACUGGAUCAGGGUAACUGCAACAACCACGAGCAAGUUCUACAGCCUGGCACGUCUGAUGACGAGAAAGAUGCCAAGAGUGCAGUACCUGUCUAUGUCCCCUUUGUGGUCGUGGGCUCUGUUUUUCUGGCCUUUAUCUUUCUGGGCUCCAUGGUGGCCAUGGGUGUCUGUCUGAGUCGUAAACAGGAGAUCUCCCAAAGCCCAGACGGUGCUGCUGGGCCCCAGGGUGGGAGUGGAGAGCAGCAGCAGGAGGCUGUACCCAUGACUGUGAGUACAGGGACGUCCUGUGGUUCCACCUCAUCUCUCUACCCUCCCAAUGCCAGCCAAGCCUGUCCAACUGGAUCCACACGUGUCCACCAAACCUUAAAGAGGCAGGAAACUCCCACCAGCCCACAACCCUCCAUGGUCCAACCUUGUACCAUGCACCCCACCAUGGUGUUUUCCAGCCUGGUCCACCCCUCCAUGCUUCAUCAUUCCAUAAUGCAUCCUUAUAUGGCUCAAAUGCCUACUCUGUAUACCUCACAAGGGGAAAGCCGUCAUCUCCCAUCUCCCUGCCCUCCAUCCAGCUAUACCAGCACUAAACCCAGGCACACUGAAGUGAUCAUAUAAUUUGUGGCUGUGACUUUGAAAGAUGGAGUAUUUGGGUAUUCAAAUAGGAAAAUAUUAAUAAGCCCCGGAAAUGGAAUGUAAAUGUGUGGCAGACAGUUUAGACGAAUAAAAAUGUUUAGGAGAAUAAUUGCAAUUGGUCAGUUAACAAUACUUCAAUCAUUCAUAUUUUAUUAUUCCUUAAAAUGUAUAGUGUUUCUUUGUAAAUAUUCUGUACUAAUUUCUACAAUUCACACAUUCAAUUGCUGGACUUUUUCUGAUGUUUUUUGUUGUUGUCCAUAAUAUAGUUUAUAUUAGCCCUACUGUUAUGUAUUACUGAUGCAAAAGCUACGCUACGCACAUAACCCUGUCACAUAAUAAUAAUAGUAAUACUUUGGAGGGGACUUAUAUUUCGUCCUAUAAGUUGAAGUGUUGGACAUAGUACCAUGAUUUAGAUGACAUGAUACUGUAUCAUUGAUAUCAUGACACCAUCAUUAACCACAAUUUUAUCUAAAACAUUCCUCAAUGCGAUCUCUAUACAUGAACAGAAUUUGCUCUGGUGGCUGCAGAGUUUAUCAUCAGGCCUUUCACAACUUUGGUUUUAGAAGUGGGGGGGACAUAAAAAAAAUGUAUUCAGUCGGAUAAACACUCGAAGAAGCCUACCCGAUCGCUCGAAGCGGUCCGCAUGGUCCGGAAGCACACUGUUCCCUCGUUUUGCAUCACAUUCGAAUGAUAAAACUGUGAGGGGGGACAAAAAUGCAAUUCAGAAUGUGGGGAGGACAUGUCCCCCCCGUCCCCCGUGAAAGUUGUGCCCCUAGCCUUUCUGCAGCCACAGCCUCGCAACAGGUGUGUUGAAACGUCUCAUUUCUGGGAGCGGCGCUGUUCAACCGCCAUGCUGCUGAAGUGGCGACCAAUCCUGUUUUAGUUUGCACUGAUUGCUUUGCUGGCCAUGGUGCUGAAUGUUUGCGGGGCUAGUGGUAUCUCGAGCCAACUUUGGCUUUUACAAUUGAAGUUAAAACAGUUUUUACAUUUUUACUUCCCAUUUUAAGAAACGUUUUUAUCCAUAAUUCCAUGUGUCCAUCUUUAGCAUAUAUCUUCAGCAGUAUCUUAUUAUGGAGACCAUUUUAGGCCUAGGCAAUCAGACAGAAUCAGAAUCAUGUUUAUUGUCCUAGAAUAGGAAAAUCUUAGCAUAGCUCACAAAUAACAUGCACAACGCAUAUAGAAAACACAGCAGGAAACAAGCUAUAGUCAGACAUAAGUAGUAGCAGGAAGCUACCCAUAGCAGGAAGCUGCAUGGAAUUGCUAAUUAAGCAAACUUGACUACCACAAGAGAAACUGAAGGAUAAUUUGGGGGUAAUGGUGGUAUAGGCCUAGCUAUAAUAAUCACAGAAAAACACUAAGUGAUAAAUGGAGAAUACGUGUUAUAGUGUCUGGGGGCUCAGUGUCAUGAAUAGCCUAAUAGAGGCAUUAGUGACCGGGGGUGUACAUGGGUGCAGUGAUAGCGAUGUGUGAAAACAUUGGGAUAAACAAUGGAAUUUUCAUUGAGGGUAAAUACUGUAUUAUUGUUAAUAGGGUUGGGCUAUUGAAAUUACAGGAGCACCAAUAUGUUACUCUGCCGUUUAGUUCUUAUUAAUGCCCUUCCCUUGCAUUAGAUCAUGCAUUAGCGCACAGUGAUCUACAGACCUCCAAUAACGUCACAGCAGCAAUAACCACUGUGUGUUUUAGAGUCAAUUUAUGCUUGAUCUGAAAAUGUGGUUGGAGGUGCCCGCUGUUAGGUGGGGUCAAACGGUCACCCCCUGGUUGAAUCCAUUCUCUUUUGAAACAAUUUAUUGACAAUCCGAAAGUGGUCAUAUCUUCGAAGACACAUUUUUGAGUGUUUAUUUAUACAUUUCAAAAUAACUGGGCUAAACCAGUCACAAAGUCCUAAUAAUGCAAUUUAUGUAAUGUAAGCUUGUGUUCUAAAAUAGGGUUUCUCGUCAUCAUCUCGAAAACGCACUCAUGUCGCGCUGUCAAACUGCCCAUGGUUGUCACGAUGGAUGUUUUUGGCGAUCCUGAUUGGACGACACAACUAAAUCUGCUAAUUAAAUCUCUGGGCCUGGAUGUUGAUUUGUGCGGGAGAUUGCUCCUCACAGAAAUAAUCCUGGUGAGAUGCGGGGACAGGAUGGCAACUCUACCGGUGGACUGCAGCUGAAUACUCCUAAAAGGACACAUUUGCAGGUGGUGUGUGGUGUGGUGUGAGGGGAUGCCCCUGGUCAAGAGGAGCAUAGAUCCCCGGCACCUCUGCCGCGGGGCGCUGCCCAAGGGGAUUGGCAGUGAGCUGGAGUGCGUCACCAACAACAGUCUGUCUGCCAUCAUACGUCAGCUCAGCAGUCUAAGUAAACAUGCAGAGGACGUCUUUGGAGAGCUGUUUAGUGAGGCUAACACCUUUUACCUGCGUGCAAAUGGUCUCCAAGACCGGAUCGACCACUUGGCUGUCAAGGUCACUCAGCUGGAUUCCACUGUGGAAGAGGUCUCUCUGCAAGACAUCAACAUGAGGAAGGCAUUUAAGAGUUCCACAGUCCAGGACCAGCAGGUGGUGUCCAAUAGCAGCACGUCCAACCCUGUGGCAGAGAUGUACAACACCAGCGACAAGCCUCCUCCUCUCAGCAUCCUCUCUGCCUACAGAGAUGACCACACUGAUGGGAUGAAGUUCUACACAGACCCGUCCUACUUCUUUGACCUGUGGAGAGAGAAGAUGCUGCAGGACACGGAGGACAAGAGGAAGGAGAGAAGAAGACAACGGGAGCAGAAGCGAUGUGUUGACGGCACACUACAGCGUGAGGUGAAGAAGGUUCGUAAAGUCCGAAACCGCCGUCACGAGUGGAACAUGAUGGCGUUCGACAAAGAGCUCCGCCCAGACCAUCGCCACCCUCACUCUCUCCACCGGGGGGCGUCGUCUGAGGGCUCCCUCUCUCCGGAGAGUAGAUAUGAUCUGCCAGACUACCCAACUGCUCCAGGCCUUCCCCUUGCUACAUCCAACCACACCCUGGCUCACCCUUACCAGCCUGCAGACAUCCAUGAGUCUGUAGAGCAUGAGUACCACAGCAUCGGAGUCGGCUACAGAGACGGGACUCUCAACCGCCCACACCACCCCAACCCUCUGCAUCACUCCACUGAGAGAAUGAAUGGCACUAUAACGCUUCCACCUGCAGACUACAGUAUAAUGGAGUACUAUGCCAGUUCUGGACCACCACCUCCUCCUCCCCCAGCCCCUCUUAUCCCAUCUGCACAGACAGCCUUUGGCUCUCCAAUGGUGUCCCCCACCCCCCUUACUGGAUCCUCAGGCUAUUGUCCCCCAAUGCUAUCUCCCCCAGGACCCCGUACGAUUCCACCUCCCCCAGGUCCUCCACCACCACCAGUCCCUCCCGCUCCCCCCCAAGUGGCAGGACUCGGUGAUUGGAAGCGACAGGACACCCAGCCUGUCACUGGUACUCGAAGUGACCUUCUGUCAGCUAUUCGCAUGGGUAUCCAGCUGAAGAAGGGGCAGGAGCAGCAGGAGCAGCAGGCCAAGUGGGAGCCUGUAGGGAACGACGUGGCCACCAUCCUGUCCCGACGCAUCGCAGUGGACUACAGCGACUCAGAGGACGACUCCGAACUGGAGGACAACGACUGGUCAGACUGACCCUCACACCACCCCCACACGGUGACCAAAUACCAUGGACACAUCUCUGCUCCAGCCCAACUGUCCCACAAAGGAUAUGAUGUGGUACAGAUUAAUUAUGAGAGUCUCAUAUGCAGUAUGCAGUCAGGGACACUGUUUUUACAGACCAAUGACUAUAUUAUGGUUCAUAGUGAUUAGUGGGCAUAGGCUGAGGACCCAGUUUCAUUUUAGUUUUAGCCAUUUUGUCCAGUAGGUGAAUGGACUUAAAAUUAAGGCAUGAACUGAGAUUCAGCUGAAAUCACUCAAAGGUAUGUGGACCAAAUAACCAUGUGGUGAAUUUCCCCCUUUUUCCUACUGUACCUACAGAGCUGUCUGAGCUCUUUUCCUACUGUACCUACAGAGCUGUCUGAGCUAUUUUCCUACUGUACCUACAGAGCUGUCUGAGCUCUUUUCCUACUGUACCUACAGAGCUGUCUGAGCUCUUUUCCUACUGUACCUACAGAGCUGUCUGAGCUCUUUUCCUACUGCACCUACAGAGCUGUCUGAGCUCUUUUCCUAUUGUACCUACAGAGCUGUCUGAGCUCUUUUACUCAGACACCAACAUUAUCAUUUAGUCUAAAUAAAUCACCAACACUGUACUCUCAAUGUCACUAAUCAUCAUUUUUUUAUUUUAAUCUGAAUUUGUCAUCUUCUUUUGCUUUCUCCAAUGUCUGUGCCACGACCUAUGUAGCGGGUAAAUGUGUACACUCCUGAUGCAUAAGACAAUUACAGUGUAGGCUCUAAUUGUCUUAUGCCCUUAAAUGUUAACGUCAAUAAAAUUCCAACAUACUUA